AGCCAUUUUGGCCCAAGCCCGCAGACAUCCACGUGCUGAGGAAACGUCCAAUAACCAACAACAGAGCACAAAACAGAAGAAGGAUGGAGGGAAUGGACCAGACUGGUGGUCGGAACGAGGGCCUCUUGGAGUCCCCUACCGCGCGUCGAGCCCGCUGCCCUAGCGCGUGAGGGCUCCUCGGAAGAUGGCGCCUGGCCAGUACUCGGCGGACCCGAAGAGGCACACGCUGCAGCCCAUCGUCACUGGCGCCACUGUUGUUGGCAUGAAGUACGCCGGCGGUGUCCUUCUGGCCGCAGACACGAUGGCCUCAUACGGUUCGCAGGCCCGGUAUAAGGACGUGUGUCGCUUGAAGAAAGUCGGCAACUACACCCUGUUGGGGGCCAGCGGGGAGAUCAGCGACUUCCAGUACAUUGGAGAUCUGCUCGACGAACUCGACAUGACGGAUUUUCUCCAGGAGGACGGCUGCCACAUGGGCCCACAGGAGUACGCUUCCUACAUCGGCCGCGUGAUGUACAAUCGGCGUAGCAAGAUGAACCCGCUCUACAACCAGCUCAUUGUCGCUGGCAAGAAGGAGUCGGGCGAAUCGCAUCUUGCCUUCAUCGACCACCAGGGCACUGCUUUCCAGGAAGAGUUUAUUGCGACCGGCUUCGGCGCCUACCUCGCUAUGCCCAUCCUGCGCAACGAGUGGAAGCCCGACAUCUCUCUCGAGGAUGCCAAGAAGCUCGCGAUCAAGUGCCUCCAGGUCUGCUUCUACCGCGACUGCAACGCCUACUUCAAGAUUCACGUCGCGACCUGCGACGGGGAGACGCAGGAGAUCAGCGAGCCGAUCGCCAUGGACCAUUACUGGGGCCACUCGGCGUGGCUCAAGAAGUCUCUCGAGGGGGGCACCCUGGGCGUCAACGAGUCGUGGUGAGCCCGCCGCAGCCGCUUCCUGGCGGAGCCCAGCGAGCGCGACCUCGGGCAGCGCAGCGUCUGACGGGAGGGGGGAGAUAGAGAGAGAGAGAGAGAACGUAGACCUCUUCACUGGUGUGCUGGUGCAUUGCUACCUCGUUGCGGGAGCGAUGGGAA